AUGCGCGCAGAAGACGUUGAGAAGCUUGUGAAUGACCGACUUCGAGACUUGAAGACUAGCGGGAACCUCGAGGAUGCACUACGUAAGGAGAUGGAUCAGGCGAUCUCUACUCCUUUCACCCCUGAAAUCGAGCAGGCUGCUCCCCCGAAGCGAUUCUCAACGCCUUCGUUUACGCAUUUCAAGGGAGAUUCCGAUCCCGAGAGCCACCUAAAACACUUCAAAAGUGUCAUGAUCCUCCACAAGGCCGACGACGCACUGAUGUGCAAGGCGUUCGCAAUGACCUUGCGAGGAACAGCUCAGGACUGGUUCCACACCCUGCCGUCUAGGUCGAUCAACAGUUUCAAGGAACUUGCCUAUGUCUUCACUAAAGAAUACACUUCUUAUCGGACGAUCAAGAAGAACCCAGAUCAUCUGUUCAACCUACGCAAGAAGCCCGACGAAUCCAUUCGAGAUUACAUCAAGAGGUUCAAAGCAGAAAAGGCCAACAUCGUAGGGUGCGACGACCAAAUCGCAUCAUCUGCCUUCAAGAAAGGUCUUCCAGCAGAACACGAGUUAUACCGUGAGCUGACUAUCACUCCCAGCCAGACUUUAGCAGAGGUCUUCGCGACCGCAGAACGCUACGCGCUCUGGGAUGAUGAUCGAAUUGCCGCGAAGAAGUCCACUGAGCAGGGAGAUCGGCAGACCAAGCGGGCGGGCCAAAGAAGUGAUGGAUUUAACAACAAGAAUAAGGACAAGCGCAGGUCACACCCACAAGAGGACGCUAAGGCAGGAGAGAACUACACCAAGUUCACUAUCCCUAUACAUCAAAUCCUAGCCCAAGUAAAAAACAAACCUUGGGUUCUUUAG